CUUCCAAUGGGAGAGGCAGGAAACCCAGUUGCCUUGAGGUGGAAUUUGGCAAGUUUAAUGAAGAUAUUACCUGGCAUGGCUUCCUGUAUUAGGAAAGACUGGACUUAAUGGCCCAAGAGAUCCUUUCUAAUGACAGUUCCCCUCAGAUCAGUUUGCUUGUCAUUUCUGCUAAAAUGCCAACGUAUUUGGAGGGAAUACUGGCAAAUGGGAAAAAAAUGCCAGUUUCUUGUAUAACGCUGUGGAGCUCUUCCAGAACCCCCUGGCUGAUUUGGCUGGAGGAGGUGAAGCCUUGGCAGGAUCUCCAUCACUCGGGAGUUGCUAAUGAUACACAGGGUGAAAUCUUGGCCCCUGUAAAGUUGAUAGAAGUUUUUCUGUUAGUUUCUGUGAGGCCAGGAUUUCACCCUGGAAAGGGAGUCAAAAGUACAUGCAUGCUUUCAGAGACAGCGGCUGAUUAAAUACAUCUGGUGCACUGCUCUUUUAUCAAUCAUUGAUAAAAUAGUGCCUUUUAAAUAUAAACUUCGGGCAAGCUUAACCGCAAAAUUCAAACAUGUCCUUUUACAAGCCUUAAAAGCAAAAUCUGUCUGCUUUUUGUCUGAAAAGAACAGAAAUCAUGGUAAAAAAUAACACAUACACAUACCCACCCACUCCAAGCCCCUGCAGCAUUUGAUGUCCCACUGAAAUGAGUGAUUAAAGCAUAGUUAAAGCCAGUUAAAAUAUUUCUAGCUGACAGAUAAAACUUUAUCCUCUAAGGAUGUAAUCUAAAACUAUGUUCCUCCUCGUUUAAUUGCUGAGCAGUCAAACGCCAGCCAGGAGUUCAUCUGGGUGCCGGCGCGGCCGGUGCUUCGGCAGAGCCCCCCCGCCCCGCCGGGCAGCGGGCAAGCGGCGUGCUCCCAGGCCCCACACAGGGCGCCCCGGUACCGCCGACCCCCGGGCGCGGGGCAGCGGCCCGGCAGAUGCUUCUCAGGCCCCGGGGCUCACCGGCCGCGGCCCGGGCGUGCUGGGCUGCGCAGCCCCACCUGGUGCAUGACCUGGGCGAGCGCGGCUUUUUCUGUACCGACUAAACCGCCUUUAUCUCAGCCCAAGAGUUUUCUCACUUUUACCCCUCCAGUCCUCUCCCCCAUCCCACCGUGCGGGGGGUGCGCGAGUAUCGUCGCCAGCCGGGGUUAAACCACGACAAGGAGACACGCACGUCGCGUAUCCCCCCCGGCGCAUCUCUGAAACGGGCAUGUGAACCGCGCAGCGCCGGCCCGCCGAGCCAAACCGCGGAGGGCUGGGCAAGCGCGGGGGUGCCCUGCCCAGCCCGGCCUCUGACGGACAGCCUUCCUCCCGGCCGCCCUCCCAAACCGAGCGGGACCUUCCCCGGUGAGUGCCGCCCCGCCCGCGGCAGCUCCCGCCGCUGAAUUUGCUUCGGUCCCUUAAUUGUUUCGCUCUCACCAAGAACUUUGUUUACAGUCCCUUGUGCAGCGAGCUGCAUCCCACUCUUGUGCUUACUCCGGGCGAGUGUCCGCCGCAGUCCCGUCCGGCACUCGGGAGGAAACUUCCAUGCUAGAAUAUUGUCACCUCCAAUUCAUCAUUCGUCAACAUCUGACACUUCAAAGCCUGGAGCAGCUCUUACUGCUGCAUGACUCUGCCUUGAACUGACAUACGAGAUAUCUUAAGCAGUCUUCCUCUGCUUACUGAUCCAAGGGAUUUGUUACGAUGGAUUUCUCAUGGACCUGUGCAACGUGUGUUCAGCAGAGCCUGCUCUAGCCUGGGAAUUGAGGAAGUCAAGACAAUCAAGAUGACAAAUGAACCUAUUAAAGAGAUCCUGGGUGCUCCAAAGCAUCCUGAUUCUGUAACCAUGGAGAAGAGUAAUAACAAUGACUGUGUGAUAACCACCAUUCCUCUCGUCAGUGAAUGCCAGCUGACUGCAGCAACAGGGGGAGCAGAACUCUCCUGUUACCGCUGUACCAUUCCCUUCGGUGUGGUUAUCCUCAUAGCCGGCAUUGUGGUUACUGCUGUGGCAUACAGCUUCAAUUCCCAUGGAUCAAUCAUCUCAGUGUUUGGAUUAGUCCUCUUGUCAUCAGGACUCCUUUUGCUGGCUUCUAGUGCAGUGUGCUGGAAAAUCCGGCAGCAAAACAAGAAAGCAAAGAGGCGGGAGAGCCAGACAGCACUUGUGGCAAAUCAGCGAACCUUGUUCGGUUGAAGACAACCAAGAGAAGGCUGGACGGAAGACAGAGCCUUUGUAAGUCAACUUGACUAUUUAUCAGUAGGAGAGAUUGCAGGUUUUAAUUUAACUUUGGAAAUGAACUGAAAUGAAAACAGAAUGGAUUAAGAAAUACUCUUAAAAACUCUGCAAGUGCCCUUAAUGUUUUUCUUACUGCAGACUUGGUAGUGAUUCUUUACAAGACGGAGGAAAAAAACACUUUUCCUUCACAGAAAACAGUGUCGUCAUGACCGCAAUCGCCAUAACUGCAUUCUCCAGCAUGCUGAUCAUGUUGGAAAGGGAACUUGGAGAAUUAAGAAAAUAAUUUUAACUGACUUAAAAUGCCAGAGAUCUUCCUAAAAUACACACUGUGAUGUUUGACCAAGGGAGAAGUCAUAGCAUGUGAAGUGACUACAAGCUUAUGGCCAGAUUGUCUGUGACUUAAAUUGUAGCUUAAAAAAAAAAAACCCAAAAAGCAAUAACAGCCACACACACUGCAGAUUGCUCAAUAAGCUGAUUCUUAUAUUUUAUGUAACUUUCCCCUCCCAAUAUCUGUGGUACUUUCCCCCUUUUUUUAAACCAACUAAUAUUAAUUUUGUUUUACUAUUGGGUAGAAAUAUGUAGAAAUGUAUAAUUAUAUUGUCUAACCUAAAUAACGAGGUAUGAUAAUAGCUUAAAACAUGAGACUUUUUUUGUAAAUUAAAGUGGUCAGGUUUAGCACUUUUGAUUAUUUUGCUAUAAAAUUAAAAAAUAAAUUUCAUUCAAAUAAUA